AUGUAUUGUCAUACAUCUACGACGAGUUACGAUGACCUUGUUAGCGCUGUACUAAUGAAGCUUGGUCUGAGGGUGCGAACGGGUAAGAAGUUUUUCUAUCGCAUUCCAGUCACGGUGCUACAGAAUACGGUGAAGUAUGAUUGCUUCACGAUUAAUAAUGAUGCGGACUUGCAAGUAAUGUUUCUCUGUCGGCGGCAGUUUCCGGAGGUGAGGACACCGGAGUUGUUGGGCCCGCUGGUUGAUGUUUAUCCAGCUCCGGCGGUUCGAACUAUUCCAGUCACGGUGCUACAGAAUACGGUGAAGUAUGAUUGCUUCACGAUUAAUAAUGAUGCGGACUUGCAAGUAAUGUUUCUCUGUCGGCGGCAGUUUCCGGAGGUGAGGACACCGGAGUUGUUGGCCCGGCUGGUUGAUGUUGUAUCCAGCUCCGGCGGUUCGAACAGGAAUACGAACACUAUAGCGAAUGCAGCAGGUUCUAGUUCCCGGCCUGCCGUUGCUUCCUCGUCCGUCCCUGUGUACGAACCAGUGGUUCAACAUGUCGCCUCCCCAUCUUUCGCUGUUGACCUCAAUGCCACCGAAGGCGACGAGGUAGUGGAAAGGGAAAAUUUGCCGAACGCUUUAGUGGGAGUUGCACCUGUUGGCGUAGGAGACGGUUUUUUGGACGAUGAAGACGAGGAUGACGUCGAGCCGGAUAUGAUUGACGAUGAUAGCGCUGAUGAUAUUGGAGCGACUGGGCCUGCAUUGGAGGUAGGUGGUUCUAGAUCUGGCACACAGCAGUAUCCACCACAUUUUUCCUCAUUGGACUUGGACGCCAUGAGACAUGAGGGGGUUUUAGGGCACGCUGUUGGAUUCGGAGCUAGAGAUGCGGAAGGGAGUACUGGUCUGACAGAGUUCCAGGUUGGUCAGCAAUUCCAGGAUAAAGAUGAGGCCCUUUUAAGUGUGAAGACUUACAGCAUCCGGCGAGGGGUACAGUACAAGGUGGUGGAGUCCGAUCACCGCCGGUAUGUGGGCAAGUGUUCCGAGUUUGGGAAUGGGUGCACAUGGUUGAUUCGACUGAGUCUCCGGAAGCGCAAGGGCAUCUGGGAGGUCAAACGGUACAAUGGACCUCACACUUGCCUGGCCACAUCCAUCUCUAGUGACCACAGGAGUUUGGAUUAUCAUGUGAUUUCGGCUUUCAUUAUGCCAAUGGUUAGGGCCGAUGCAUCCGUGAGCAUCAAGGUGCUCCUGAACGCCACGGCAGCGCACUUUGGUUUUAGGCCGACUUACCGGAGGGUUUGGAUGGCGAAGCAGAAAUCUAUUGCCCUCAUAUACGGUGACUGGGAUGAGUCCUACAACGACCUGCCUAGGUGGGUCUUGGGUGUCCAGCUGACGAUGCCUGGGAGUGUUGUGGUCCUGAAGACGAGCCCGGUUCGAGUUGGAGGACAGGUGGACGAAUCUCAAGCGUACUUCCACAGACUUUUCUGGACUUUCCCGCCCUGCAUCGAGGCAUUCCGUCAUUGCAAGCCGCUAAUCAGCAUUGACGGCACACAUUUGUAUGGGAAGUAUGGGGGAACGUUGCUCAUCGCGAUUGCACAGGAUGGGAACUCCAACAUUCUACCUGUGGCAUUCGCACUAGUAGAGGGUGAGAACGCGGAAUCCUGGACAUUCUUUCUCUCACACCUUCGACAGCACGUGACCCCGCAGCCCGGUCUGCUGGUUAUAUCGGACAGGCACAACGGCAUCAAAGCUGCGCUUGAGGCCCCUGACGGCGGUUGGCUACCGCCAUCUGCGUACCGUGCAUUCUGCAUACGACACGUUGCGGCUAAUUUUGCCCUAACCUUCAAGGGCAAAGACGCUAGGAGGCUACUAGUGAACGCGGCGUAUGCGAAGACCGAGGUUGAAUUUGAUUACUGGUUUGAUAUCCUGCGAUCUGAAGAUCCGGCGAUGUGUGAGUGGGCGAACCGGAUUGAUUACUCGUUUGGACUCAGCAUCGUGAUGAGGGGCGGAGAUUCGGUCACAUGA